AUGACAACUACUAAACCUCAUGUUCAAUUACGGUUAGUUCGUCCUGAAGCUCUUAAUCCUUCUCAACACUUAUUUGCAGGAACAGCAUCUUCAUGGUUUGUUGAAGAGUGUUAUUUAUGUGCAGUUUUUAAUUUUCCACAUUGUCACUUUGUUUGUCGAACAGUCAAAAAUUUAGAAAUGGUUGCUCCUGUUAAUGUUGGUGAUGUAUUAUGUUAUUCUGGUACUUGUGAAAUUGGAAAGACUUCUAUAGUUGUUGAUAUGGUUGUUUCUCGUCAGAAUGACAACAAAGUUGUAACCAAAGGACAAGUUGUCUUUGUCAAUAUCAAUUCUGAAGGAAAAGCAACUCCACACAAUAUUGUUUUGCAAUAA